UGCCAACAAAGUUGCUUUUGAACAGGUCAACUUCAUGUCAUUAGAUGUAUACGCUCGCAAACAACCAUCUGAUGUAAAGCCCGUACUGUUGUUCAUCCAUGGUGGUGAAUGGAAAAGAGGAGAUAAAGGCGCUCCAUAUCCAUUGAUACGUCACAUGGCUGAAAGCGGUUGGGUUGUGGUAUCUGUGAAUUACAGACUUGCGCCUACCUCUAAAUAUCCUAAUCAGUUGAUUGACGUAAAGAGAGCGUUGCGAUGGAUAAAAACUCAUAUUGCCGCAUUCGGUGGUGAUCCACAAUUUAUUGCCGUGGCUGGGGAUGAUGCUGGCGGACAAAUUGCUGCUGCAGUUGCUUUCACACAAAAUGAUCCGAAAUAUCAACCCAAUUUUGAGAAAACUGACACUUCGGUAAAAGCGUGUGUUUUAAUCAACGCUAUUACAGAUCUCUUGGACGAGAAUAAAUUUUGGGAUAAGAAUAUUGGCGAGGAUUUUUGUAAGAAUGUCGCCGGAUUGAAAGCAAAAGAUGAAUCAUUCUUGAAAGAGCAUUCACCGUUACACCUUAUUAAAAAGGAUUCGGUUCCAUUUUUGGUAUUUCACGGAGAUCGAGACACUUUUGUUCCAUUUAAAGCAUCCGAUCACUUUGUUGAAGAAUUUAAGAAAGUGUCGAAAUCCGAAAUCCAGUUUAUUCCUAUUCCGGGUGGUCAUCAUGUUUACCAUCUUUUUUCAUCUCCUCGGUCACAUUAUCAAGCGAUUGGCGUCGAAGAAUGGCUGAAUCAUAUCCGCCAUGAUAUGAUGGCGGACAAUGACAAAAGUGCUGAGUGA